AUGUAUCCAAACGUGAAGCCUCCCAACGAUGCUUGCAAUAUUAGCGAUUAUGUUCAGGCUGAACUGACAAUUUUGAAGCAAGGACCCGCAUUUAAAUUUGUGGAGCCAUUACUCUGUCAAAUUGUUGGCACCAAAUUCCCAUCAGUAAACUGCGAGCGAAAUGGUGACAAGUGCGAAUGUUGCUGUUCUAUUUAUCACCCCGGUCCUAAUGGCUUUUGUGUUCCACUUAAACAGUUACAUUAUGAUUUUGCUUGCCCAGUGUCAUUUGCAAAAUAA